AAAUUUCAAUUCUUGAAUCGAUACAGUAAGGAAGAGAAAUGGAGGUUCUGUCAGGGUCGGGAUUACUUUAACGAAAAAAAGUCUCCAAAUUUAAUAAGUUCAUUUUAACAUUCUACAAUAGUAGGGUUUGAAAUACCAAUAUCACCGACACGUGGUUUUGGAUGUAUGUAGAAGUAUAGCUCCGAAAUACUGACGACAAAAUAGCUCUAUUACUAGAUUCUUGGAGUGGGUAUUGUAUCGCUUGCAUUGAAAAAGGAUGUCAUAGCUAGUGUAGGUCCCGAAAAUGGGGGGUAGCUAACGUGAUUCUGAACAAGAUUUCACUUUGCAAAAGUGGGGUUUGAAGCUUCGUUUUUGUGUUAUUUAUGGAAAAACACGAACCAAUCAGAGCGCAAGGUGGGAACAGCUCGAAGUGAAGUUUUCGUAUGAUGAUUCUCCUUCGCAUUGGCCUUGAGUUUCGGAAAGUUCUAGCGCGCUACCAAAUAAGAAGGAUUUGAUAGGCAACAAAGCUGGACUCUCGCUUUGCGGAAAUUGCGAACUACGCUUAAACGUGCAGCACCAACAUAAAGAUAAACACACAGCUUACGUAACAGCUUCCGUAUAUCAGAGUAGUCGGUAUUUCACUAUGCAAAGUUUUAUUCAAACCAGAAUAUAACGUAUGACAACCUUUCGUUCCAAUCCUGACAGAAUCCGUGUUUCAUCAUAUAUUUCUAUAAUACUUAUAAUAACACUAUUCAAUUCAAAUUACUAAGAUUAAUAUUAUCCGUUUCAAUAAAAAAACAUUCUCAAUUAUUUAGAUUAAAUGUCAAAAUUAUCCGCAAUGGCCUCCAUUUUACUUGUUCAACUUAUUCCUGAAGGAGCACAUAAAGUCCAUGGAUAUAUCGGAAUGUGGUCUGCCAAUGAACUCGAGCAUAAGUGAAAUUUCGAGUACAUUCAAUGGGGAGAACAUCUAUGAGUUACAGCUGCAUAAUUGGAGCGGUGCCAUCGUCAGAAACCAUUUGAAAGGGUUUCCAAACUUGCAAAGGUUUACGUUAUCAAGCAGCAAUCUUACAAAUUUGAGCACCGACAUAUUCGCAGAUGUACCAUAUCUUUUUCUGCUUUAUUUGAAACAUAAUAAAGCCUGUUUACCUGUGGGAAUCUUUAAUAAUACACCAGAUCUCCAAAUACUUGUCUUGAGUGGUAGCAUGAUGAAUCACCUCGAGCCGGGCAUAUUUGAUCCGCUGACGAAAUUGCGCUCGUUAAGCUUGCAGAUAAACAAUUUCACAGAUAAACAAUUGAAACCUGGGUUAUUUUAUAAUCUCACGUCUUUGACGAGUCUGGAGAUGAGUUCGAGUAAUCUAAUCACUUUGCCGGAGAACAUUUUCGCAAAACUGGAAAGUUUAACAUGGUUAACGUUAAGUAAUAACAGUUUUAUCUCGUUUCCAGAAGGUAUACUAAAGCAAAAUUCUCAUCUAAUGACCAUUGAUUUGUCGCAUAAUACCAGAAACAUAUCUCUGCCCCAAAAGUUUUUCGGAAAUUUGAUACAUGUGAAGGCUAUAGGUUUGAAUCACAACGGUUGGAGCACGAUACCUGAAGACCUGUUUUGGGGCUUAAUGUCAUUAGAUUAUAUUGAUUUAGAAAAAAAUUAUUUUGAGAUGCUACCUAAACGUAUUUUUGAAGGACUACAGCAAUUGUCUUACCUAAAACUAAAUUCCAAUAGAUUAAUUACAUUACCAGAUAGAAUUUUUUCAGAUGCGACUAACUUAAGACUCCUGAAUUUGUCAGAGAAUUGUCUUACUUCGAUAUCCAGUACUCCGCAAAGAAGAUAUAGGAUGUAAAUAAACAAAGCAAUCGAUAUUCAAUUUCGACAAGAUUUUAUUCCAUGUACCUUCAUUCAUUUUAACGAGAGUUAACACUAGCAAAACAGAUUCGUAGAGAUCAGUUGAAAUAUGCGCAUAUAGUUCAGUCAGGAAACUUUUA